UCCCUCCCUCCCCGGGCGCGCUCGGGCCGCCGGCUGCGCUCCCCGCCCUCGAGCCGCGGAGCCGGAGCCGCCCGGCGCGGGAGGAGGCGGAGGCGGUGGUGGAGCCGCAGGGGCCCGCCGAGGCGGCGGCGGCGGCGGCAAGAUGGCGGACUUCCUGCCGUCGCGGUCCGUGCUGUCCGUGUGCUUCCCGGGCUGCGUGCUGACGAGCGGCGAGGCCGAGCAGCAGCGCAAGUCCAAGGAGAUCGACAAAUGCCUGUCGCGGGAGAAGACCUACGUGAAGCGGCUGGUGAAGAUCCUGCUGCUGGGCGCGGGCGAGAGCGGCAAGUCCACCUUCCUGAAGCAGAUGCGGAUCAUCCACGGCCAGGACUUCGACCAGCGCGCGCGCGAGGAGUUCCGCCCCACCAUCUACAGCAACGUGAUCAAAGGUAUGAGGGUGCUGGUAGAUGCCCGAGAGAAGCUUCAUAUUCCUUGGGGAGAUACUGAAAACCAGCUCCAUGGAGACAAGCUGAUGGCAUUUGACACCCGGGCCCCCAUGGCUGCCCAAGGAAUGGUGGAAACCCGAGUGUUUUUGCAGUAUCUUCCUGCAAUAAGAGCCUUGUGGGCGGACAGUGGCAUACAGAAUGCCUAUGACCGGCGUCGUGAAUUCCAGCUGGGUGAAUCUGUAAAGUAUUUCCUGGACAACUUGGAUAAACUUGGAGAAUCAGAUUACAUUCCAUCACAGCAAGACAUUUUGCUUGCAAGAAGACCCACCAAAGGCAUCCACGAAUAUGACUUUGAAAUUAAAAACGUCCCUUUCAAAAUGGUUGAUGUGGGUGGUCAGCGGUCAGAACGGAAACGUUGGUUUGAGUGCUUCGACAGUGUGACAUCCAUACUCUUUCUUGUUUCCUCAAGUGAAUUUGAUCAGGUGCUCAUGGAGGAUCGACUGACCAAUCGCCUUACAGAGUCUCUGAACAUUUUUGAAACCAUCGUCAAUAAUCGGGUCUUCAGCAAUGUUUCUAUAAUACUCUUCUUAAACAAGACAGACUUGCUUGAGGAGAAAGUGCAAAUUGUGAGCAUCAAAGACUAUUUCCUGGAAUUUGAAGGGGAUCCACACUGCUUAAGAGACGUCCAAAAAUUCCUGGUGGAGUGUUUCCGGAGCAAACGCCGGGACCAGCAGCAGAAGCCCUUGUACCACCACUUCACCACUGCUAUCAACACGGAAAACAUCCGCCUGGUUUUCCGUGACGUGAAGGAUACAAUCCUUCACGACAACCUCAAGCAGCUUAUGCUCCAGUGACAUACACGAGACUUGCUGUUAUAGUACCUUUUUGUGUUUGAUGGUUUUCCGUUUGUGUCUUUUUUUUUUUUAAAUAGCAGUUUACAACAGGAAUUAGAAAACAAUCUUGAUUCUAUGUUUAACUUCUUGGAAAUCCUAGUCCUUCUGCUGCCUUUGGUUUGUGGCUGAAAGCUGCUGAGUAAUGAACGCAUUGUUGUGUUUGCUGGAGUUCAGGUUUUGGCCAGUUUCAUCAAGCUUCCACUCAAGUCCUGUUGUAAUUUCCUGGCCAACCUCAGACUAGGUGUGUUUCUUUUAUUUUUCAAAUUGAAUCCUGUAGUGCCAAGUAUAGACAGUGUAGGAAUGAGGCUAGGAAUGUUCAGUAAAAGGUCUUUAUCUGCCUUACAGAGAGAGGAACACAGGAUGCCUAGCUUUAGAAUGACCACGUUACAAAAGGGCUGUUGGAAAAGGUUUGAUCUAAGAAAUGCUAGUCUAGAUUACACAGGUUUAGCUUUGGUGUGUUUAUAAUUGCUUAUGCACACAACAGCUGUUUUGUAAGUUGCUUUGGUUCCUAGAGGUAGUGUUCUUAGUGUUUUAAAGUUUACAUAAGGAUUUCUGGUCUGAAGAGAGUGAGUUCACAAAUGGUACCAAGGAGCAAAAAAGACAAGCAAAUGUUAUAUAUUUUGAUCAAAAGUAAUGGGUAAAAUGUAACUUGCCUUUUUCAUGUUUAUUUAUCAUGUAAUUUAAUGUGCCAUAAGCAAAACAUUUGGGCCAUUGCAUGACCUAAAACACGCAAGCACCUUGGUAGCAGAAGUAGACAUCCCUGUCCCGAAUGCCACGUGGCUCCUCCAGUCCUGUGUCAGGGGACUUGCAGCUGACUGGAGGAAACCACUCCUGCAUCCCGCCUUCCUCCACUCCCCUGUCCCCGCCCAGUACCUCCACACUGUGGCACUGAACGGAUUCUUUGUUUAUGUGGAGCUGGCCAAGGGCAGUAUUUUCCUGGCAGAUGACUCAAGAAGGCAUUGUUUGAGAUUCUUAUUCAUUCUUGGUGUGUCUCUAAAGAUGUACAGUGGGUACAUGUUUGCACAGUUACUGUGUGUGAGAUGCCAGCUAUGUUGAGUACAUUUUAACUGUUUGGAGAAUGCUUCUAAGGACAAGUAGUCUUUUUGUUGUUGUUGUUUUUGUUCACACAUUUGACCCCUCCUCCCACCCAUACCAGAUUAAACUAAGCCCAUCACUUUGUGAUUUCAGAUACAGUUCGCAGUAUUAAAACUGCUGUCUUGUAGGUUCAGUGUAGUGUUAGCAUUGGAGAUAUAUGUGUACAAAGUUAGGAACCAUUUGCAAAAUGUGCCACUCUUGCUUUUCUUGAUAAUUGUGAUGAAGACUGUGAUAUCUGUCACUUUACUGUACAGCUGACUGUGUUCUCAGGUAUUCUAUUGGCCCUUCAAAGAUUGGUCAACAUUGUGGAUCACCCAGCCUUUCCAAAUCAGUGGCUCUUGUUUUGUCUAGCGGUGAGAUAUAGGAGCUGGGCCUGUCAGUGCAUGAGCAGGGAUUCAUUCUUCACGUGCUGACUCUUCUUGCACCAAGGUGUUACUGUCGCUGCAUCUGUGUGAACUCAUGUUUUCAUGCCUUGGUAAUACAUGAGCUUCAGACACUGAGCCCCUCAACCUAUGCAGGUCUUCCUAGUAUAACUCCUGCAUGUCUCAGUCCUUCUACAUCUAGUGCUUCUUGCCAAAAGAAUGCAUUGUUUGAAUCUUCAGGAUAGCAUAACUCUAGAUCUAAUGAAUUUCUGGAUAUGUGCAACAGUAACAUUUGGUUUGUUCCACAUAAAUUCAUCAAACAAUUUUAUUGGAUGGCCAAGACAUUGAAUACCAGUGAAGGCUGAAGAGUGGACUCUUGGUCUUAUUGAGGUGGUUUGGUAAGAACUAUAAAUAGUACCCCACAUUUCUCUGUUUUACUAUCACCAAGCAAUGUUAAAACACCCAACUAGACAAGGUAGCGUGUUGGCAUCUGCGGUUUUCUUCUGAUGCAUGUGUAAUGCCUCAGAAUCAGUGUGCUUUUAAAAUAAGACCCAGAAUGUAUUUGGAGGCAGUGAAUUGCUUCUGUGCUACUUAAGCAAACUUGUGUGGACAUCUAGUAUAACUGUGAGGCUCAACAGAAAGGCUUUAAGCUGUACAUUUCUCUAGGCUGCAAUGUGAACUAUUCAAGUGGAGUCUGAUAGCUAUGUGAUAAAAACUAGGUCCUUUUGAAUUGAAAUACCACUAUGUGAAGAGGGAGGUGAAAUGUCAUGAACCCAGUGGAAAAGGUGCUUAUAAUAAUCCUAAGCUAACGUCUCCCAAACCUCUAAAAAGGUAAGUGAAGUCAGAUUUGAAAUUCUUUGCUGUGUUCCAUUUUCCAAAUCUGGUUAUGAUUUGGAAAACACUGUGCCUGACCUGCAUCACUUUCUGUUCUUAAAUCUGAAUGCCUUCUCAUUUACUUGUCUGAGGAGAUGCCACACCAAGGCUCUUCAUUGACCUUCAAGGAGUUCACAGUAUACAGAGUUGCCUUAUAAAUCAAAGAACAACACAAAUUUAGACCUUAAUUUUUUUUUAUAGGGAAAAGGUUUUGUCAGUGUUCUCCAAAGAUCUAAAUAAUUCAAGACAUAUUUCUCUCACAUAAAUAUUAUUUGAAUAGCCUGAAUUUUUGCUUUCUGCCAAAUGUGCAAUUGAAAUCCUCAUUUCACUUUUACUAUCUAUAUCGGGCGCUUGCUAGCCCAAGUGCUUCCACAGCCAAAGACAACAGCGUGGAAUAAAGAAGACAUUUCUGUUUUCUGUCUUUCACCCAGUACUGAUGGGUACUUUACAUUGAGAAUGCCCUCCCAAUUCAUCUCGCCUGGGACUGUUGAGGGAGAUCCUUGUUCAGUUUGUGAUCAUGGUUAGUUCAAAGCAGGAGGAAGAAAGCCUACCAUAAUACCACAGUGAUCAGAAGUACUGGUUUUGAUUCAGCAACAAAUUGCAUGCCCAUCUUCAAAUUCAGUGCAUAUCCAGAUACUUCUGUCUUAACGUUUUUCUUAAAAUGUGUUUUUCAGCAUUAGUAUAAAUAUCUGGCGAUGCCUUAUUUAUAUGAAGAAUAAAGUUACUGAUUUAGGCUGUUAUAUCCUGAACCUGAAAUCACUAUUUGAGAAACCCUUUAAUUGGUGCUUUCAUUAUCUAAUGAUACAUGUAGACAAACCCCACACAAGCCAUUGGACAGGAUGUAAUUAAUGAGAAGGCCAACUUAUCAGUAUUAACCCUUCAUUUGUUUGGAUCCAUGAAAUCAUGCUUGUAAAACCAGUUCAACCUUUGUAACAAGCUCCCUAAUAAAUCUAGAGAAAGCCACUCUUACCUUUUUGUUUCUUUUAGUUUUAUUUGAGGGAUAAAGAACAAAAGCUUUGCACUUGUAUUUUUCACUGACAGUGAAAAUCUGACUAGUAGCCCUGGUCACUGUGUCUCUUCCACUCUUCCAGCACCUUGUUUGACUUCAUGGGUCACAGACCAUGCGUCUUUGGUAUUGUGCUGCUUAACUAAAAGUACUGAUUUUCUAUUUUUUAGGGCUUGGACACAGAUUGACCUUUCAGUUGAGUAGACAGGAGGAGGGCAGAGAUUACAAGUGGUGUGUUCCAAAUCAAGCCAAUGUUGCAGUCCAUGCCCAUUUUAUGGUACGAAGUUAGGGCUUAAUAAAUGUAAACCAGAGUGCAGUAUGAGUCUAAACCUGAACAUUUUAAACCAAUUAUUGUUGGCUCUCUCAAGUACUGUUAAGUAGUUAUUAGCCUCAGGCAGCAGGUGAUUAUUAGCACCUUUGAAGUACAGUGUUUGUACCGCUAACAUUCUUAACACCUAUACACAACUGUAGAGUCAGCACUUAACAUUAAUACAGUCACUUGUGGCAUUUCAGACUAACUGGUUUCAAAUGCCAGAUCAUUGCUAUGUAACUAUGUGGCCUUGAAUUCACAAUCCUCCAGCCUCAGUCUCCUGAGUGCCGAGAUUGUAGGCAUAUACCACCACACCUGGCUGGAAAAUUGUUUUGUUCUUGUUAAUUUUCUCAUUUGGUUGGCGAUCUUUGUGUCUUAUACAGAUGUGCUGUUAACAGUGAUGCAAAUUUACAGAUGGGUUGAAAUCUGGAAUCAGCGAGUGUCCAGACUGUAAUAAACUACUUGGAAUGUGAUGUGUUUGUAUGUACAAAGCUUGUUCUAGAAAGUGACAAAUUUUUCCUCAAUCAUGCCUGUUAGAUGGUACCAGGAAUAAAGGGGAGGGAGGGAGAAGGGGUUGCUACAAGUGUACUUGCGCAACAGCCUAUGCCAUUUCCCCUUUCUUUGCCUCCUACUUGAAAGCAGAAUCGCAAAAUGUUCUAAAUGGCUUUUCUCUAUUCCUCACUCUCCUGGGUGAGAGCUCAUCUGCCACAAGAAGCCUUAUCAAAAGUAUAUUUUGUAACAACCUCAUACAUACUGUACCUAACAAAACAUGAUUUGUAUUAGCUCCGUGUAAAAGUAUUUGUGGUUUAGGAUUUUUUACAUAUAUUCUUUUAUAACCUCUAGGAACUAAGCACAUUAUCUGAUACUGUUGUAAAUUUUUUUUUUUUUUUUUUUUUUGGUCAGUGCUUUAGUUCAGGUUUGGCAAUAAAUUAUUUCUAAAGGAGGCGUAGGAGUAGAAAGAAUGGUUUGAUUUAUAAAAUGAGUUGCUAUUCACUAAGGCUUUUACUUUUGUACAUAUUUUGCCAAAAAAUGUCUCUUGCUCUUAAUAUUUGCUUUGUGAAAAUUACUGACAUUUAAUAAACAUUUAUAAAUGA